AUGCCAUCAAAGUUGCGUGACCAGCUAGGUGAAGAUGGCUUUGUGCGCAUCCCUUCAGCCCUUCCAAAGGAUCAACUUGAAGCUCUGAGGGCUGCGUGUCAAGAUGUCGCCCAGCUAGCAAGAGCGGGCAGGUGGCCCUUUGUGAGGACACUCCCAAAACAAUUUCCUCCGUGGGACUCGGACACGUCGAAAGGCACUUGGGGGGUGCAACACCUUAUGCAUCCAGAUCUCCCCCAUCACGAUACCUUCGCCGCGUCGUAUUUUGCGCCUUACAUCACUGACGCAGUGACUGAGAUCUUACAAUGCAGCCCAAAUGACCUGGUGCUUGAGUUAUACAACCUCUUAAUCCGUCCUGACACGAACUUCGCUCUUCGAUGGCAUCGGGAUGAUAUUAGUCCGGAGGUGUCAGCUCAAGAGGAGUUGACGCGUCUGCAGGAGCCCAUGCUGCAUGCCCAAUGGAACCUAGCCUUGUAUCCUGAUUCUUCUUUGGUUGUCGUGCCCGGGUCACACAAACGUCCAAGGACAGAAGAAGAACGGUGCGCGGAUCCAUUCGAAAAUGACUUGCCAGGACAGAUGGUCGUCAAGAUGGAUCCUGGCGACAUCAUCUUCUACAACAACAACAUUCUGCACAGAGGCGUCUACAGUAGCGAAGCCGAGAGAAUGACUUUGCAUGGAUCCAUGGGUAUUGUUGGCGCUGACCCCGCCAGGGCUAGGAACGUGCUGCAGCACGGAGUCGGUGCUUGGGUUGAUCGUUGUGACUUUGGCAAGUUACAAGACCAUGCCGAUGAUCAACAGAUCUCUACGUUGGCACAAGACAUGCGGGACAGGCUGGUUGCGAUGGGCUCAGGCCAGGUUCUGAGCUUCUCCCAGCCGUUCGACGAGUGA